UUUUCGGGUUCUGGAGGAGAAGCCCAUGGAUGAUGAUCAGAUUCAGUCGGAGGUGUUGAAGGCGGCUUUCGGCGAGUCAUCGGACGGUGAGGAUUUCGCCGAUCAAACACAAGAUGGAAAUUGCAGAACGGAAGAUCCGGUGUUAUGGGAACAGGUCGAGGAGAUCAAUGGCUUGUGGAUCUGUCGGAACUUCCUCUCUUCGCAUCACCAGUCUUCUCUGCUCUCCGCCAUUCUCAACGAAGGUUGGUUCGCUGAAGAAUCUCAUAACCAGGCUAUGAGAUUCGGUGAUCUUCCAUCAUGGGCGAUCAAACUAUCCGAUUCCAUACGCGACGCUGUUGAAUCGAUCAAUCCAGAUGCUAUUAACAAUUCGAGUGCUGAAAUGUCGGUUCUGCCUCUGCCUACCGAUUUACUUUGGAGGGAGCCUCUUUUCGACCAGCUGAUUGUGAAUAUGUACAAACCAGGUGAGGGCAUAUGUGCACAUGUUGACCUACUCCGGUUCGAAGAUGGAAUAGCCGUCGUCUCUCUGGGGUCACCAUGUGUGAUGGGAUUCAGCCGAGGUGGAGAUGAAGCUUCUUCCAAUGGCGAAAAGGUGGACGUUUUCUUGGACGAGGGAUCGCUCAUACUAAUGUCGGGAGAAGCCAGAUACCUCUGGAAACACGAGAUUAAUCGCAAGCCCGGGUUUCAGAUUUGGGACGGGACGGAGUUGGAUCAGAAGCUUAGAAUCUCUGUAACCCUCAGAAAGCUUUGUCCAUCCUGAUUCUCUCUCCCUCUCUCUGGCAUUUGCCUAUGAACUCUGAAUCCAUUGCUUUAGUUUAGUCACUUGUUUAUGUGUUAGCUUUCUUAGUCACAAACACAAUGAAUGCAGGGUCUUGUGAUAUUAUGGAUUUUAAAGUUGGAACCUUUUUGCGCGUUUUAUUAAAGGAAAAACUUUUUUUUUUUU